UAUGGCUUAGUGAUCCCAGAAAGCGAUAGUCCAUGUUUAGUUGUUUACAGUCUCACACCCUGAGCCAAACCCACCUUCUGUUAGUUUCCUUUGAAAUCAUGAAAAAAAUAAAGUGACAAAGUAAGCUGAUUAACGAAAUCUGCUGCUGGACUCCACAUGUUCAUGUCAAAGAUGUCAUCUCGAGGAAUAAAGGGUCCCCCUUCCCUCCCGAAUCUUCCUUUUUCUUUUCCUGCGGAAACUAUUUUCUCUGCAAAGCAAAACAAUUUCCCGGGAAAUUAAUGGAAUACCAAGUUCGAGACUUUUCUGACUGGCAAUGGUGAAAUGUCGGUUGUUAGAUGGUCCAGUAAUCCAGUUCGUGCCUUUUGGCCCUAUCUUUUCUUCCAACCCCUGGAGUGCUGACACCUGGGAAACUUGUUUCUUUGCGUCAGUAAGAUUAGAUCUCCAGACUUGGUAUUCGUAGGUUGUUUUGAUUAUGGUACUCUUUCUUCAAACUGUAAACAGGAGCACAAAGAGACAUGUUUGUACAGUUUUGACUUUUUGAAUCUGGGUUGUUUUUACUACUCACUCACUGUGCUGUGUGCUCCAGAAAAGAAGAAGAAUGCUUUAAGUUAGGAUGAAGGUGGCUUGGAAUAAGAGAAAACACUCUGCUUUAGGCCCUUACAAGCUGGGAAGAACCGUAUUUGAACUCAGCACUCAAACUGAUUUGUUCAUCAACUCUGUUGAGGGUUUCUGCUCGUGUGAUCUUGGAAAACCAUGCUUGAAUUUUGAGAGUAUAUGUGAUAUUGAGAAUAUAUUUUCCUCAAGCACUUUCUAGAAUACCACGAAACUCUAGAUCAUUUCCUGCGCACGCCCUACUAAUGGCAGAAAAAAUCCCUCCUUUGAACCUUCUGAUUUUUGUGACACUUUUACUUUCUAUAAAUCAUUCAGAGCAACUGCAAUCCUCGAUGCCCCAGACUCUUCUAAGAAUCAAACGGCUUUUGAAUUUUCCUUCUGCUUUAAGUAGCUGGAAUAGCAGCACAGACUUCUGCAGCCCUGACUCAGAUUCUUCUCUUACUGUUGUAUGCUAUGAAGAUGCCAUCACCCAGCUUCAUAUAAUAGGUGAAAGGAUAGCUUCGCCGCUUCCUAAAAAUUUCUCAAUAGAUUCCUUUGUCGCAACGCUAGCCAGGCUUCCCCAUUUGAAAGUCCUCACACUGGUUUCUCUUGGUAUCUGGGGUCCACUUCCUGGUAAGAUUGCUCGAUUGUCAUCACUGGAAAUAGUUAAUAUGAGUUCAAAUUUUCUAUAUGGUGUCAUCCCUCAGGAGCUUUCGUUACUGUCAAAUCUUCAGACACUCAUUCUUGAUGACAACAAGUUUUCUGGUGAGCUUCCAGAUUGGCUUGAUUCUCUUCCAGCCUUAACUGUGUUAAGUUUGAAAAAUAAUUUGUUCAAUGGGUCUGUGCCUGAUUCCUUGGGUAGCUUGGAAAAUUUGAGAAUUCUUUCACUUUCUCAUAAUCACUUCUAUGGUGUAGUACCCGAUUUAAGGCAUUUGACAAAUCUUCAAGUGCUGGAAUUGGAUGAUAAUGCUUUUGGACCUCUGUUUCCUCGACUUGGUGCCAAGUUGGUUGCUCUUGUACUGAGAAACAAUAUGUUCAGAUCCAGUGUCCCAGCUGAAGUGACCAAGUUUUACCAGCUUGAAAGAUUUGAUAUCUCAUCAAAUUCAUUUGUGGGGCCAUUCCACCCUGCAUUGUUAUCUCUUCCUUCUAUCACUUAUCUCAACAUUUCUAGAAACCAACUCACCGGAAUGCUUUUUGAAAACCUAACAUGCAGUUCUGAACUCCAAGUUGUGGAUCUUUCCUCGAAUCUGUUGACUGGAAGCUUACCUGGAUGUUUAGAGUCAAAAAGCAAUAAUAAGACUGUCCUUUAUGCUAGAAAUUGUCUGCAAGACAUGAACCAAAAUCAGCAUCUACUUCCCUUUUGUCAUACUGAGGCCUUAGCUGUGGGAAUAUUACCCGAGAGUAAGAAACGCAAGGAUCAAUCAAAGGUUGGCCUUUCUCUUGGGAUAGUGGGCGGGAUUCUUGGAGGAGUAGCGCUUCUUGCCUUGGUUUUUUUCAUUAUUAGAAGAGGAAAUGUCAGAAGCAACGUUAAGAAUCCCCCAACUAGAUUAAUGUCUGAGAGUGAAACUCCUAAAUACCCAUCUAAGCAUCUUUCUGAUGCAAGAUACAUAUCUCAAACAAUGAAGUUGGCAACAGUAGGCCUGCCAAGUUAUCGAACUUUCUCUCUGGAAGAAAUUGUGGCAGCUACAAACAACUUUGACACAUCUUCGUUCAUGGGUGAAAGUUCUCAGGGACAGAUGUAUAGAGGCCGGCUGAGGGAUGGUUUUCUUGUUGCUAUAAGAUGCGUGAAAAUGAAAAAAAGAUACAGCAUUCAUAACUUUAUGCACCUCAUAGAACUGAUAUCACAACUCCGGCAUCGUCAUUUAGUCUGUGCCCUAGGACACUGCUUUGAAUAUUAUUUAGAAGAUUCAACUGUCAGCAGACUAUUUCUUGUCUUCGAAUAUGUGCCAAAUGGCACACUCAAGAGCUGGAUAUCAGCAGAUGGGAGGUCAAGAAAAUCACUUGGGUGGACCCAGCGCAUAGAAGCUGCAAUUGGAGUAGCAAAGGGUAUCCAGUAUUUACACACAGGAAUUGUCCCUGGUGUAUAUUCAAACAAUCUCAAGACAACAGAUGUAUUGCUGGAUCAGAAUCUUGGUGCAAAAAUCUGCAGUUAUAACCUGCCCUUUUUAUCUGACAUCAGAAAGGUUGGGCACGGAGCUUCCUCCAGUGGGUCAAAAAGUCCUGGCGUUAAUAAAAGCGCAAAACAUGAAGAUAAGUCAGAUAUCUACGACUUUGGAGCAAUACUACAGGAAGUGAUUCUGGGAAGGGCAGCAAAGUCAAGGAAUGAAGCGGAUGGCUUAAGGGUUCUGUUUCAUGCGAGCAUAGUAGGUGAUGAGGAAGCUAGAAGGAGCAUUGUAGAUGCUGGAGUUCGCAAGUCAUGCUUGGAUCAAUCGUUGAAGACGAUGAUGGAGAUAUGUGCGAGGUGCCUGGCCAAAGAUCCAGCAGAAAGGCCUUCCAUCGAGGAUGUUUUGUGGAACCUGCAGUUUGCCGCUCAGGUUCAGGAUGCAUGGCGAGGGGAAUCUCAAAGCAGUGAGGGGUCUCCAGUCUCACCUUUUGAACCUCGACGACUCACCUUUCAUUAGCAUCAAUCAAGUUUUUGUAUAUUAGUUUCACUGUGCCACAGGUUCAUGUAUCCCGCUUAGACUUCACCACUUGUUAUAGCAUACCAAAACAACAAAAGAUCAGGAAUGCUAUGUUAGUUUGGCUUUA